AUAUAACAUUUGUCGUAGUCGAAGCUUCGGGAGGAACCUUGUUUACGUGUUUUGGUUUAUUCACUCAGUGGGCGGUUGAAUAAUUCAGACAAAAUUAGAAGCACACACACGCACGCAGGUAUUUAUGUGUGAUGUCGAUGGUACAGCAGCUUACUGUACUCUCACUCAGCCAAUGAGCAGGGGUGAGUCUAAGUGAUCCAGUCCACCUGAUAGAGAUUGUCUGGAGGAUAACAGCCUGGUCCUGGAACACACGUCCACAGACCGUCCGAGGAGUCUGAGCUGCAAACACACUCUUUGUGGAGGAAGAGCCUCACCUGAGCCGACGCAUCAUUUCCACACUCAACAGGAUAAAAAAAAAAUAAUGUUGGGCCUGCAGAACAUCCCCCUCACAGUGGCCCUUUGCCUGCUGCUCAUUGCCACACUACUGCCCGGCUCCGAGGCCCGGCGUGGUGGCGGCUUCGGUCGAGGCGGGGGUGGCGGCUUUGGUCGAGGCGGAGGAGGCUACAGCCGGGGCUGGGGCGGCGGAGGCGGCCAGGCCUACAGACCAGCAUCCAGUGGGCCCAGUGCAGGAAAAGUAGCAGGGGCGGCUGCAGCCGGCGCCAUAGGAGGAGCAAUGCUCGGAUCUGCCUUGAGCCGCCCAGGGUAUGGCGGAGGAUACGGGGGAUAUGGGGGAUAUGGUGGUUAUGGAGGUUAUGGAGGGGGUUAUGGCAACCCACGAUAUGGAGGUGGUGGUGGUGGCUAUGGCCCCAGGCCUGGCUACGAGUCAGAGGGCUCUGGGGAUAUGGAGUACUACGUCGGAGCAUCCAGUGGCCCCAUCUACAACAGCAUCAUCGUUGUUAUCGGCUCCCUGGUGUCCCUGCUGAUGGGCCACUGGGUGGCGGUCGUGUAGAGCUGGAGACGGAGCUGAGAGCUUCAACAUACAAAGAACCCAGACCAAAAAAUAAUCCAAGACCCGGCAGUGAAGAGGACUAUUUUUUUUGGCUCUAAGUUUUCAUGUGACCAUAAAACAUGACCCUUGAAAGAUGAAAAGAUUUGGCCAAGUUGUUCCACCGGCACUCCAGUGACUCUCCAUGCAGACCGGAAGAGGAGUUUGACCCAUCAUAACCCCUGCAACACGUCAGUGUGACGUCACGCUUCAGUCUGCAGGUGACGAACAGAGGAAACACUUCCUGUAGCUAAUUGAAUCUGCACUGUAUUAUCCCACUAUUCCUCCUUCUAAUGUGUCCAGUCUUUUUAUACUUUUGAUGAUUGCGGUGAUGAUGAUGAUGGUGAUGAUGAUGAUGAUGUUGUUGAUUGUUUUAGUGAUGGAUCACUGUAUAUUAUCCAUAAACAAACUGUGUAGGAAUAAAUUAGAUGUGUUUUAUCACGUUAAGUCUACCUCAAGAUAUCAUGGCAGGACCAGAGUUUAAGAGCAGCUUCAUAUGACAAAUGCAAUUUUUCAGUCGAUUUUAAUCAUAACUAAAUUAUUUUUCUCUAUUGAUUCACAUAGUUUCCUCUGCAUUUUUGUUACAUCUCCAGGACAUUGCUUGUAUAUGUGAAUACUUUACCAAAUAAACUUAAUGUUUUAUGCCAUUUUGUAGAUUUUUAUGUAAAACAGCAAAUUGUUUAAUAUUGUUAUACAAAUAAAAAAAAUUACUUAGAACAAA